CUUCACGACUCCUAUUGUUGUUUGCUAUUUCCUCCAAUUUCUCAAAUAUUCUCAAAUUAGUUUUCUUACUUGUUCUCUUGUAAUGGAUUUCUCUCCGAUCAACUGCCUCAUUUUCGAUUUGGAUGACACAUUAUACCCUCUCAAAACUGGCAUAGCGCCAGCUGUCAAGAAGAAUAUCGACGAUUUUCUAGUGGAGAAAUUUGGAUUCUCAGAAAGCAAAGCUUCAAGUUUAAGAGUUGAACUCUUCAAGACUUAUGGAAGUACUCUCGCUGGUCUCAGGGCGUUAGGUCAUGAUGUUCAUCCUGAUGAAUAUCACAGUUUCGUGCACGGAAGAUUACCGUAUGGCUCGAUCGAACCAAACAAUAAACUACGUAACCUUCUCAACAAAAUCAAACAGAGAAAAAUUAUAUUUACAAAUUCGGACAGGAAUCAUGCGGUUAAGGUAUUUUUGGAUGAUAAUAUCCACAAUAUUACCGCGGGUAAAUCUGUCGGGCUUCGCACAAUACUGGUGGGAAGAGCAGAAAAAACGAAAGAUGCGGAUUACGCGGUGGAGACAGUAACUGAGAUAGCUACGGCGGUACCGGAGAUUUGGAAGACGGCAACGGCUACGGGCGGGUUUGACGUCGGCGGUGAGAGGAUCAGACGGAGCAAGAGUGAGCUGGAGGGUAUGGCUUCAAUCACAGCCGUCGCCAUGGAAACGGAAACUGAACGAGUAGAAAAUUCGAGGGAAGUAGAUGAGGAAGAGGAGGAGAAAAUACGCCGUCAGAAGAAGCCUCAAGAAGAAGUUCUCGAAGCCAAAUGUCUUCCCGGAAUCAUCAGUGCUUAUCUCAAUUAUCCCAAGGCUGCGGAAGAAAAUCUGAAAAAAUGCGAAAGGUCUUAUCAGAAGCUGUCUCCUGCGCACAAGGCUUUUGAGCCCCCUAUAGACUUGAGUAAACACAUACGCAAGCCAAUAACAAGAGCACUGUCUAUCGAGGGGUUUCAAAGGGAGGAAACUCAUCAUCAUGAUCAUUCCCUCAAGGAUACAGAGAUAAGAAUCAAUAAUAAGACAUGUGAAUUUGUUGGAGGCCAGAUAAAUCAUGACCAUGGCAGUGUACCAUUUUCAUCGUUACAGACGCAUGUUCCUCUGGUUGAUGUAAAUAAGGUUCGUUGGGUAAUAAGGAAUAUAGUUCGAGACUGGGGAUCAGAGGGUCAGAGAGAAAGAGAUGAAUGCUACAAGCCUAUCCUUGAAGAGCUUGAUUCCUUGUUUCCUGAUCGUCACAAGGAGAGCACUCGUCCUGCCUGUUUAGUCCCUGGCGCUGGACUUGGGCGGCUGGCCCUUGAAAUUUCUUGUCUAGGUUUCAGAAGCCAAGGCAAUGAAUUUUCAUACUACAUGAUGUUAUGCUCAAGUUUUAUUCUUAAUUAUACACAAUUGCCUGGUGAGUGGACAAUAUACCCCUGGAUACACACUAACUGCAAUUCGCUCUCGGAUGAUGAUCAACUACGCCCUAUUUCUAUUCCUGAUAUUCAUCCUGCAAGUGCAGGAGUAACAGAAGGUUUCUCUAUGUGUGGUGGUGAUUUUGUUGAAGUAUUCAAUGAAUCAAGUCAUGCAGUUGUGACUUGUUUUUUCAUCGACACGGCUCAUAACAUCAUCGAGUACAUCGAAACCAUAUCCAAGAUCUUAAAGGAUGGAGGAGUUUGGAUAAAUCUAGGACCUCUGUUGUAUCACUUUGCAGACGAACAUGGCCUGGAAAAUGAAAUGUCGAUUGAGCUAAGUUUGGAGGAUGUAAAGAGAGUUGCUUUACAUUAUGGGUUUGAGAUGGAGAAAGAAAAAACAAUUGAAACAACGUACUCUACAAAUCCCCGGUCUAUGAUGAAGAACCGAUACUAUCCUGUCUUCUGGACAAUGAGGAAGAAAUCAACUCGAAACCGAAGAGCCACCAUGGUUUCACCGUCAGAGACGGUAACGGCAGCGGCGUCGGUAACCAUGGCAACGGAAACCGAGAGGAUAGAGAGUUCGAGGGAAGUGGAUAAUAAAGAAGACGAGGAGAAUAUACGGCGCCAGAAGAAGCUUGAAGAAGCUCUCGAAGCCAAAUCUCUUCGCCGCAUUAUCAGUGCUUACCUCAAUUAUCCUGAGGCUUCGGAAGAGGAUUUGAAAAGAUGGGAAAGAUCAUAUCGGAAGCUCUCUCCUUCACACAAGGCAUUGGUACCCCAUUACCCUAUGAAGUUUCAGAGAUUAAGAAGGUGUAUAUCGGCGAAUUCAUAUUUCAUAUUUAAUAUGCUUCAGGCUUUUGAGCCCCCUAUAGACUUGAGUCAGGAACUUGAUGGUUGUGAAGACUCAAAUCUUGAGUGUGCUCCACAUGAGAGAUACACUCUAGAUGAAAGGCACGACUCUUCUUGUCAGCCGGCCUUGACCAAUAGUUGUACAUAUAAGGAAGAAAGCAAACACAUUCAUGAGCCAAUAACAGGAGUGUCUAUCGAGGAGCUUCAAAGGAAGGAAGCUCAUGAUCAUUCUCCCAAGGAUGACUCUGCAGACGCAAGAAUUACUAAUAAGACAUGUGAAUGUGAUGGAGGCCAGUUAAAUCAUGACCAUGGCAGUGUAUCAUUUUCAUCCCAUGAUUGGUUGGAUUCAUCGUUACAGACACAUGUUCCUCUGGUUGAUGUAGAUAAGGUUCGUUGUAUUAUAAGGAAUAUAGUUCGAGACUGGGCAGCAGAGGGUCAGAGAGAACGAGAUCAAUGCUACAAGCCUAUCCUUGAAGAGCUUGAUUCCUUGUUUCCUGAUCGUUCCAAGGAGAGCACCCCUCCUGCCUGUUUAGUCCCCGGUGCUGGACUUGGACGUCUGGCCCUUGAAAUUUCUUGUCUAGGAUUCAUAAGCCAAGGAAAUGAAUUUUCAUACUAUAUGAUGAUAUGCUCAAGUUUUAUACUGAAUUAUUCACAAGUCCCUGGUGAGUGGACAAUAUACCCCUGGAUACACAGCAACUGCAAUUCGCUCUCGGACAAUGAUCAACUACGCCCUAUUGCUAUUCCAGAUAUUCAUCCUGCAAGUGCAGGAAUAACAGAAGGUUUCUCUAUGUGUGGUGGUGAUUUUGUUGAAGUAUACAAUGAAUCAAGUCAUGCAGGAAUGUGGGAUGCAGUUGUGACUUGCUUUUUCAUCGACACGGCUCAUAAUGUCAUCGAGUACAUUGAAACCAUAUCCAAGAUCCUAAAAGAUGGAGGAGUUUGGAUAAAUUUAGGACCUCUGUUGUAUCAUUUUGCGGACACAUAUGGCCAUGAAAAUGAAAUGUCGAUCGAGCUAAGUUUGGAGGAUGUAAAGAGGGUUGCUUCACAUUAUGGGUUCGUGAUUGAGAAAGAAAGAACAAUUGAAACAACUUACACUACAAAUCCCCGGGCUAUGAUGCAGAACCGAUACUAUACUGCCUUCUGGACAAUGAGGAAGACGUGUGCAGUAGCAACUUAACCAAAUUCAUUCUGGACUUCUUUUGUUUCUGGAUUUCUUUUGUUUUUCUUCGAUGAAUCAUCGAUCCAAAACUCACUAUUUGUGUUUUUGUUAUACUAAACUAAUAAACUAUGUUCUCGAUU